AUGCACGCGGGGCUCCUGGGGCUCUCCGCCCUGCUGCUGGCGGCCGAUCAGAGCGCGCGCCUCUGCGCGACCGUGUACUACUUCGCCACAGGACAGCUGCUCUGGGCGUGGCUGACCUUCGCGGUGCUGCUGCCUGGCUUCCUGGUCCAGGGCCUGAGCUACCUGUGGUUCCGAGCAGACGGACAGCAAGGUCACUGGGGGCUGGUCACGCUGCACCUCCUACAGCUCGGCGUGUGGAAACGGCACUGGGACCUCACCUCCGCUGUGCUGGGGAAGCACGCAGCGGCCCCCCGCCCGGGCCCGCCGCUGCUGCUCCUGGAGGCCGACCUGUCGGCCCUGCGCCUCCUGGAGGCCCUGCUCCAGGCCGGGCCCCACCUGCUGCUGCAGACCUGUGCUCUCCUCGCCUCGGACUUCACCGACGUUGUGCCAGGGGUGAGUGCCCUGUGCUCCUGGGCCGCGCUGUCCUGGGCCCUGGUGUGCUACACUCGGUUCGCGGGUUCGGUGAAGCCGGGCCCCCUCUCCGCGCCGGGGGCUGCCCUCGCCUGCCAGCAGCUGUGGAGGAUGGGCAUGGUGGGGGCCCGCGUCCUGAGUCUGGCGCUGUUCUUCAGGGCCCACCACGCCUGGGGGCUGGCCGUUGUAGGGGCCCACUGGCUGGGGAUGACGUUCUGGCUGGUGGCCCAGCAGAGCGACCUCGUGGACAGCACCUGCCACUGGAGGCUGUUCAACCUGCUCGUGGGGGCCGUGUACACCCUCUGCUACUUCGACGUGCGGGACAGCCCUUCCAGGAACCGGAUGGCCGCGUUCUACACGGUCAUGCUGCUGGAGAACAGCAUCCUGCUGCUGCUGGCCACUGACUUCCUCCAGGGGGCGUCGAGGACCAGCCUGUGGGCCGCGGCGGGAGUCUGGGCGGGAUUCCUGAUCGGCGGCGUCUCGCUGGUCACCUACUACGGCCUGCUCCACCCUAGGUGCGCGGACAUCCGGCGGGGCCUCGCGGGCAAGUCCUGUGGCGUCGCAGGGGGCGGCACGCCCCAGAGAGGAUCUACUGCCCCGGCCACCGCAGUAGCUGGGGAGAGGCCCGGGACCCCAGGCCCCGGGGAGGGGUCUGAGCUGACAAGCCUGGAGAAGCCCCCCAGCCCGCAGUGGGCGCCCCCAGAGGCUGGGCCGGAAAGCCAGGGGGCCGGGGGAGACUCGUUCUUCAUGCACCACCACUGGCUGCUGCUCAAACUUGCCCUGAAAACAGGAGACGUGUCGAAGGUCAACGCAGCCUUUGCUAAAGGCCAGGCUGGCUGCCUCUGCUCCCCUGCGUGGGGGCUGAGUCCACACGACAGCCAGCAGAGGGGGAGCACGUGGUGCUCCCAGCAACAGCCCCCCUCGCCACCCCAGGGCCCUCUGACCUGGGAGAAGGGUGCCGAGCUCCCCGCUGACCUGACAGCAGGGGCCGACUCGUUGGAGACGUCCAGUUACUUCUCUGUGGACAGUGGCGGUUGUGACACAGCUCCUGUCCAGAAGCCAUCAGCCACCCGGCAGGAGGGCAGCCUGGGGGAAGGAGCGGGGGCUAUUUCCGGGGUGCAGGAAGGAGGCUCGGGGGCGCUGCAGCGAGGAGGGGAGGAGAGCGCCACACUGUACUUCAGUGCCACUUCGGCCGAGGUGGCCGCGUCCCCACACCGGGAAGGCGCGCGGGCCGCGCCACAGACCCUGGGGGCCGGCAGCCCUGCUGGGCCGGCCUCACCGCAGCCGGCCACGAAGCCCUUCCCCAUCACCAUGGCCAACAUCAGCCCGAUCCUGGGCCCGGGCCCGGCCAGACGGUUCCGCCCCAGCCCCAGCGCAGUCCUGCCCGGUGGGGCGCUGGGUGGCUCCGAGCGUGGGCAGGAGCCAGAGCCCACGAGGGACCUGGAUCGUCCUGCCACGGCCAGCCCCGGGACGUCCUGGUCCAAGGGGAGCCUGAGACUCCCCGACACGCCCCACCUCACGUCCACCCCCAAGGCGGAGUCCACUCCCACGGGCCGCAGCGGGCAGGAGGAGUGUGUGGUGCUCCCGGGGCCCCAGCCACGGGACAACGUUCAGGCCCCCGGGGGGGGGGCGGGCAGCGCGGCCCAGCUCGCACAGACUGGGCGCGUGGGCGAGCGUUUCCUGCAGCGAGCCGGCAGGGCAGUCACGGAGGCCGUGCACGGCAGGGGCGGACGGCUUCUGCCAGGACGGGACCGCGAGAAGACUGGGGAAGAAGACGCUUCUCGGGGCCCCGAGGCCGGGGGAGCAGACUCCGGCCAGGGCCUGUUCCUCCCAGAGCCGCAGCCCCACUGGCGGCCGGGAAAACCCCGGAGAUGCCAGGUGGUCGUGCCUGCGGGCGGCCGGGCUCGGGGGGCAGGAGCUUGGAAGUGCGUCACGAGGUGCGGAGGCUUCCACAGCCUCGGGGUCAUCUACGCAGCGCGGAUUUUCCGUGUGGAAAGAACGCAGUCCCCGGUCCCCGGCUGGCUCCUGGACACCAUCCCCUUGCUCCUCGUCAGCAGUGAGGAGCCUUCCUCUGGGGCCCAGAGCGGGCAGAACUCCCCGUGUCCAGGGGCCCUGCCCAGUGACCUCAGUCGGUCCGUCACCCACCGCAGGGCCCCAGGAGGCAGCGGCCCCACUCGAGUGGGAAGGCCUGUGACCGGCGGCCCUGCAGAAGGGCCUCGGCCCCCGCUAGCUGGCGGCGGCUCAGAGGAGGGGAGGAAGGGGGGCUGGGUCUGGCAGCGACGCUCGAAGGGACAGGAAGGGAGCCAAGCACAACGGACUAAAUCUGGAGCCCAGUGUGGGAAAGCACAGGCCCGCGCAGCGGCGGGGCCAGGGGCGGGGUCGCCCCCCCCCCCCAACCCCGAGGACCAUCCCCAGACACUCCCAAAGGCCGAAGGUAGACGUGACACGGGGUCCCCCGACCGGAGCCCCCGAAACUCGGGAACAGCUCAUUCCACCAGGCGCCCGAAGGUCAGGGGCACCCACGAUGCCCACCGCCUCCUCUCGGCGCAGGCCGUUCUCUCCAGGGGGCGGCUGCCCCACCCCCCGCCCCGGACACCUGCACCCACGGGAGCCCCUCCGCCCACCCGACGUGCUCCGGGUGUGGAUGAGGCCCGGCGUCCACCUGUCGGCCCCGCCGUGGGCUCGCCUCCGGUGGGCGGAGCGGCCGCCCCAUUGUCCCUCCACCUGCGGGCGCUGUCCUUCCGCCCGCCGCCCGGACUUCGGGCUGCAGGGGGCGCAGCCGAGCUGGCCCAGCCGCCCUGUGACGUCACAUCCCCUGCCGCCCCGCCCGUCUGCGCCGCGGGCCGCGGCCCCAGGAAAACAGGGAGGCCUGGCUGGGACAGCGCCCUCUCGGGACGGUCUUCCGCUCAGAACGGAGAGGCCUGUCCUCGGCCCCCAAACGCCACCUCUCCGCCUCCCUCGGCCUCACAGGGAAACGCACCCCGAGUUUGCGGGCAAACCCCGUGGUCGCUCCGGCCCUCCCGCGUGACCUCCUGCUGCCGGACGGAGACCUGCGGGGCCGCUCUGCCCCAGUGCCGCCUGCUCAGGGGAGAUGCCACCACCCACCGAGGUCACACCUGA